AAGAAUGGCCGAACAAGCGCAAAAGGAGUCUCCGGGCGGUGCAUCAACUUUUACAAUGGAUUCAGCUUCCGUGCGAUACAACGCCAGGCAUUUGAGGUUGCAAGGUUCCAGAGAAUUUGGCUUUCGGCCCCUUCGUUACGAUCAUUUAUUGUGUAUUCCAUCGUCGAACGAUUCCGCUGAUAUCCGCCGAAAACCAGGGUCAGACAGGCCAUACGUGAAGCCAACUCUACCUGAGUCUUGUGUCAGCUCCGGCUUAGAAGCAGAAACUUUAGACAAAGAGGAAUUAUUUAUUGUCCAACUAAAUUUACGACAAGAGACGUUGUACAAACGGCGACGACCAAAGUGCAAGUUACCGUUUUCAUAUCGGAACAAUAUUCUGAAAUAAAGACAUUUUUAUUACGGC